AAAAAGAAAACCCAAACCAAAACAAACAAAUAAACAACAAACAAACAAAAACCACGCGCAGCGUGUCCCAAACCACCGUGCCGUGUGCGCCCACCCCGCUCCCGCCGUGAGGGCGGUGAGGGCCGCGGGCCGGGCCGGGCCGUGCCGGGCCGGGCGGGGCGGGCGGCAGGCGGCGCUGCGCACGCGGCCUCCCGGCCUCCCUCCUUCCCGCCGGCCUCUUCCCGCCCGGUGGCGCCGGAAUCAAACCGUGCCGCCCGCCCGCGACAUGGUAAGCGGGGCCGCCCGCCCUCCGCUUCGCCCCGCUUUCCUUCCCGGGCGCCGGCAAAGGCUGCGGCGGGAGCCGCGACCGCGGUGAUGGCGGGUGGCGGCUGCCCGCGUCUCGCUGUGCCCCCGCCCCGGCGGCUCUGAGGGGAGCGGGGCUCCCGCUCCGGGGAGGCCCCACGGUGCCGGUUCUGAGGGUGCAGCGUCAGCACGGUGUGGGCCGUGCCUUUGGGUUGCUGAAGAGCGAUGUAAACGAGCCGGCACCCGGCGGAGUGGCCGGAGCCCCGUGGCUGGGGCUCGAGGUGGGCGCGGUGCCCGCUGCUUGCCCCCGAGGCGCGGGGGCCCGGGUGUGGCCAGGCUGAGCCUCCGGCUGGGGAGAGGUGGCGGCGGGCAGAGCGGCUCGCAGGGUGUGCCCGAGCGCGCUCACAGCACCGCGUCCUUCCGCCCGCCGGGAACGGCAGCGAGAUGGAUGCUCGUGGUGUGGUUAAUAUUUGUGGUGGGGAACGCCUGCCAGCGAGGUAGGAAUUAACAUGAAAGUCAAUAACCUUCAUCGAGAGUGCUCUUGGCUUCGUUGUUUCGCUCCGUUUGCUGAGUGGCGGUGUGAAACUUAGCGCCCGAAGGGCGUAGCUACGAGCACAUGCUCCCAGAAGCGCCACUUCAUUUCACGUCGUGCGCCUACGCGUUGUGUUUCUGCUGCUGCUGACUCUUGGGUGUCAGGGCUCUUGGCGAAGGCAGGAGGUGGAAGUUAAAUCCGUCUGCUAUCCGUUCAUGGUCCUACUUGGAUGUUCACGGCAGCUCCAGGUUCGCACCCUGCUAUAUACUGACAUCGCAGGAGCAGCAGUGCUGACCUAGGGUAUCGCUGGCUAAAAGAGGAGAGAGGGGACCUGAAAAAAUAGUAAUGUCCAAGAAAAAAGGUCUGAGUUUUGAAGAGAAGAGGGCCCGCAUGAUGGAGAUUUUUUUUGAAACAAAAGAUGUCUUCCAGUUGAAGGAUCUAGAGAAGAUUGCUCCAAAAGAAAAAGGGAUUACCUCGAUGUCAGUGAAAGAGAUUCUGCAGAGCCUUGUUGAUGAUGGCAUGGUGGACACUGAUAGAAUUGGAACUUCCAAUUAUUUCUGGGCUUUUCCAAGUAAAGCUCUUCAUGCCAGGAAGCGUAAAUUGGAGGAGUUAGAGUCUCAGUUUGCUGAAAGCAGUCAGAAAAAAGAGGCUUUAGAAAAAAGCAUUGAGAAAUCAAAAAUUGGACGUGAAGAUACUGCGGAUCGUGCAGCUCUGCUGAAGGAACUUGCUGCCCUUCGGCAGAAAAAAGAGCAGCUAAAGACAGAAAUAGACAAAUACAGGGAAUGCGAUCCAGACGUGGUUGAAGAGAUGCGUCAAACAAACCAAGUGGCCAAGGAGGCAGCCAACAGAUGGACUGAUAACAUCUUUUCAAUAAAGUCCUGGGCCAAGCGUAAAUUUGGAUUUGAAGAGAGCAGAAUAGAUAAAGGUUUUGGAAUCCCAGAAGAUUUGGAUUACAUUGAUUAGUGUUCAAUUGAUGGCUGACACAGUUGUACAUAGUAUGUUAUAUAUUCAUAGCUGCCAUUAAAAUGUGAAUCCUCUCCAAAAAGGUGACCACCCUUUAAUUUGCUGGUUUUGUUAAGGUUAAUAAAAUACUAAAAAUAUU